GACAACCAAAGCUAAGGCUAUUCAUUUACUAAGUUUCUCUAAGCCUCAUGGCCGAACAUUCCAUCUCGCAUGGCUUUCUUUUAUGACUGCUUUUACUGGAUGGUUCGCCAUUGCUCCCUUAUUACCUUAUAUUUCGAAAGAUUUGGGGUUAACUAAUGACCAAAAACAGACUAGUAAU